AUGGCUCUAUUGCAGAAUCUACUUACUACAGUGUCCAAGAUGUCUAGCUGGACACUUCUCCUCUCUAUCAUAGGGUUGUUUCCCGUCUGCCUAGCACUCUAUCGAUUAUUCCUACACCCUCUAUCACAUAUUCCUGGUCCGUGGUUCGCCUGUAUCUCAUCAGCAUUUCUUCACAUUAUCUGCUAUCAAGGUACUGAAAGCCGUGUGUUUGCCCAUUAUCAUCGUAAAUACAAAAGCCCGGUGCUGCGAAUAGCGCCUAAUUCUGUCUCGGUAUCAGACGGGGCAGCACUACAUACCAUCUAUGUUGCUGGGGGAGGUCUACCUAAAGAUUCACGAUAUCGAAACUUUCGCAUCGAAGGCCAUGAAACCAUUUUUUCCUCCAUCAACCCUGCCUUCCGCGAUUUAAGAGCGAAGGCAGUGCUUCCACUGUUUGCACCUAGUCGAAUCCGGACGUCGGGCGAAAAUAAUGGAGCGAUACAGCAAUCUGUAGAGAAAUUUGUUGCUCUUUUGGAGAAAGAGAAGCAAGAAGCAUGCCAAGGCCGGGGAAAUCACCACCGAGUGGAUAUUCUCGAUCUCACGUCCAAACUUUCCAUCGAUAUUCUCACUGGAUACCUUUUUGAUAAGGUCUAUGGUGGUCUCAAUGAGCACGAUAACAAUAACAAGAUGAAUAUUGGCUCGUCCGUUCCUAAACACAAGAGACUGUCCGCAACACCUUUCGUUUUAGCAAUCGUGGCAUUCAGCCGCUUUUCGUUGCUUCCAAAUUGGAUCUUUACCAUAGUUUUCUCGAUCUGGUUUCGGGUCGCAAUGAGGGAAACCGACCUGGUUGUUUCGUUGGGCAAAGUAGAAAGCUUCAUGAACGAGUUAAUGGCCGAGACCGAGACCCAGCUGGGUAGACCUGGGGUGUCCAUGGAGGAAACGCGGAGUCAAUGCAAAGGAGUAAUGUUCGCCGGGGCCGAUUCGACGGCGCUGGUACAGUCGACGAUUCUCUUCCACCUCAUCCAACAGCCCGCGGUACUGACACGCUUAAAGGCCGAGGUUGAAGGGACAACGCCUUCUACCGAACUCCAGAGCCUCCCUUACCUCCGGGCAGUUUUCCGGGAGGGACUCCGCCUGGCGCUAACAAAUCCAACGCGGAUGACACGAAUAGUAACCACGCCGGACGCAAAGGGGAUUAAUGUUAGCGGCUUCCACCUCCCACCAGGCACGAUUGUCGGUGCGGCGCCAUACAUCUUUCAUCUCAAUGAGGAGGUGUUUCCGGAUCCGUUGAAAUUUCAGCCGGAGCGUUGGCUGGAAGAGAAGCGUGAUGGCCCGGGCGAAAGCCAACUAAGGGCUUUGCGCGACCGUGACACCUUUCCUUUUGGGCUGGGAGGCCGAAUCUGCCUGGGCCGGAAUCUGGCGACCUACCAAGUUCUAUCAACCACUAAAGCUAUUGUACAGAGCGGCGUCCUCGAAGGUGCGCGGACGUGUCAGGAACGAAUUGAGAUGAUCGGCUGGUUUAAUGCGGAGAUUAAGGAACAUCAUCUGGAGAUCGAAUGGAACUCAUAG